UUUUUCCCCUCGCUAUGUAUUCCCCUCUAUCCUCGGAGACUGGGCUCCCAGCGCGAAGCCCUCACCGCCGAUCUCAUCGCUCCCCUGUUUUUGAUCCAGGUCUCAAAGGAUCCCUGUGAGGUGAUUAGACUACCUAGUUGUUGAUAUCUGCGAGGGAGAUGCUGUCAUAAUAUUUUUGAAAUGGAAUGAAGAAGUUGAUCCACUAACGAUCUGGAUAUGCUUUUGUAAAUGGGAUAGGAAGACCAUACCUUUUAGAGAGUUGGAGAUAGAGGAAGCAUGCCAUCAUGGUACCAUGUUUUAUCUUAGCCUAAUUGAGCAUAAUUUGCCAGUGCCUCCUCACUUACUUAACCGUCCUCUCCGUGAUGCAAUCAAGGAAGAACUUGAGAGGCUGUUCUUGGACAAGGUUAUCUCAAAUUUGGGGCUUUGCAUCUCUGUCUAUGACAUCCAAUCCAUAGAAGGUGGUUUCAUCUUUCCAGGAGAUGGCUCUUCGACAUAUAAGGUUGUGUUCAGAUUAGUUAUGUUUCGGCCCUUUGUUGGGGAGAUUCUCAGUGGAAGGAUUGAAAAAUCUAAUGCUGAUGGCUUGCGCUUGUCCCUUGGGUUUUUUAAUGACAUAUAUGUUCCUGUUCAUCUGCUGCAACAGCCAUGCAAAUUGGGACCAGGUGAUAUAUGGAUAUGGCAACAUGAAUGCGGAGAAUUGACUCUAGAUCUAAAAGAAGAGGUACACUUUAGAGUGGCUGAUAUUAGAUAUCCAUCCAUCCCGAUUGAGCAGAAGGAAGAUGCAGAACCAUUUGCUCCCAUGGAAAUUAUUGUGAGUCAUGAUUCUUUUAACAUGCCUUAUUUGAAUAAUUCUUGUGUCAGCACCUUAUACUAUAUUAUUAGCUUCUACCCGUUCUUGCUUUUUAGAUCUUGA